GUCAGUGGUCUCGCUCCCUGUCCAAUUGCGUGUGUCCUCCUCGGUCUGCACGCAGCUCUCUCCUCCGCCGAGAAGCAGAUCGGAGGCAGCCACCACCGGAGCACCAGCAGCGGAACAACCCCUUUGUGCCUCACCGACUGACGCGCGUCCCUCUGCAAGGAAAACAACGUCACAUAUCCAGAGGAAAAACACUGAGUGAAGCACAAUGGGACCGUUCCAAGAAUAUGAGGAAAAGAAGUCGCCGGAGAAAGGAAGCCCACGCAGCCGCAUCCCUCGUUUGGUUCUCCAUCCCUUCGGGCCAAAGGACAAAGGUUCGCCUCUGUCUGACUCACCGUUGUCAGAGGAGGAAGGGAAGGAGUGUGACAUCAGUUCAGACCACUCCAAAAGGACCAUCAGCACCACCAGCUUUUGCUCUGAUGACACCGGCUGCCCCACUAGUCAGUCUGUGUCCCCCUCCAAAACCCCGUCAGGCUCAGAGCAGAGUGCCCACGGCUCGCCCACGCUGCCGGAGCGCAAGACCAAAGUGAAGAGGGUGAGGGUGAUGGACGAGUGGAGCGGCGAAACACGCGGCGCCCCGAAGCACAAGAGGGAGCUGAGGUCGGCCAUGAAAGCCAGAGGAAGUGAGGCCGACUUCAGCUCCUCAAGCAGCACAGGCAGCCUGAAGACCAAGGAGAGCCUCGCCUCCAUUUCAGCGGGAAAGAAGGCUCCUUCGCGCAGUCGCAGACCCCUCCCGGUGUUCAGACCCCCUGGGAGCCCGACAGCCAACCGCGGUGCAGAGCUCUACGCUCCCUACAGGACUCCUCCCAGAGCUGCCUCCUCAACCACCAACAGCAGCAGCUGCAACUCCAGCCCCACCUCCAGAAGAGUGAACCCGGGCCGCUUCCACUCCUGCGGGGAUAACCAUGGCAUCAGACCCCCGAACCCCGAGCAGUAUCUCACCCCGCUGCAGCAGAAGGAAGUGGCCAUCCGACACCUGAAGACCAAACUGUUGGAGUCUGAGAACACCGUCCGGGACAGAGAUACUGAGGUCGGGGAGCUGAAGUCCCAGCUCUGCAGAAUGAGGGAAGACUGGAUCGAAGAAGAGUGCCACCGGGUGGAGGCUCAGCUGUCCCUCAAAGAGGCUCGCAAAGAGAUCAAGCAGCUGCGCCAGGUGGUGGAAACGAUGAAGAGCAGCCUGAUGGAGAAGGAUAAAGGAAUACAGAAGUAUUUCAUCGACAUCAACAUCCAAAACAGGAAGUUGGAGUCCCUGCUGCAAAGCAUGGAGCUGGCCCAGAGCGGCACCAGCCUGCAAGACGACAAAACCUUGGACUGCAUCUGCGACGGCCCCGGCCCCUGUGUGAAGAAGAUGGUCGGGGAGGAAGAGGGCGGACUGGAGCUGGGAACCCAGGGGGCGGAGGCCAUGGCGGACAGCGGGCUGCUGGCAAACGACGAGAUGGCCAACAGAGCGGACAUUUUGGAGCAGGUCUUCAUGUCCACGGCGGUGGAUUUCAGUCAGGACUGCAGCGGGAAGCUGGGGACGGAGUCGGGGCCCGGGGUGUCGGCGCUGUCGGAAGAGGGACGGUUGAUUGAGGACUCCGCCGCGCCCCCGCCGGCUCUGCCGAACGCGGCUUCCGUCACCGUCACCCUGAGCGCACCCUCCCAGCAGGACACGGAGGAUAAAGGAAUGCAGACCGACGCGCUGCCCGUGGCGCCCGACCUGCAGGCCGUGCUCCUCCAGCUGCUCAAGUUCCACGGGGCAACGGGGGGGGAAGCGGCUCCGUCGGCCUGCAGCGGCCUCCCGAUCCCGCCCGACUCUCCCGCCGACCCGAAACCCCGCCGACCCAGCAUUCCCGAUCCCCCGCAGAGCCCCGACGACUCUGGCGAUUCCGGCCUGGGCUGCUCGGAACCCGCAGAGAGCCGACGGUUCAUGGAAGAGCUGGAUUUCAGCGUCGGCGAGGAGGAGCGCGGUGCGUCCCCGCGAUUGGACGCCGUCGGCAAGCGCUACUGGAGCAGCAGCUUCCUGGUGGACCUGGUUGCCGUGGCAGCGCCCGUGCUGCCCACGGUGGCCUGGCUGUACUCGCGGCACGGCGUGGACGGGAGCGCUCCGGUGUACAACAUCGCCGCUCUCAUCAGGGGCUGUUGCAUCAUGGGAUUGCACUCUCUUCGGCACGUCACUCGCAGGCCGGACGCGUGAAGGCCUUCACCCCGCCUGCACACGCGCCUGACCUUCAACUUAAAAGCACUUAAGCAUCUAUUUCAGGAGUAUUUGCAAGAUUUCUUGCAGUUUUUUUUGUUAAACACUGAUGGUAAUAGUUAUUUUUGUCUCGACACGCACUUUGCACUGUGCAGUUACCAUGGAUUGACGCAAAAUGGUGACAAGAAAGGGAUUAUUUAUAAACAGGGUUAUUUAUGUAUUUAUUUAUAAUUGACAUGUAGAAACUGACCAUCUGGGUAGAUGGUUUUGUGUUAUCGUCGUGUGGUGUCCCUUGUUAGCAGUGUUUCAAUUUUCCUAAAAUUUAUAUUUUGUUUUCGGGAGGUGGAAGAUUGAAUGUCUAUUUGGUUUGAGAUGUCCACAGUUGAGUUUUUGUUCAAAAAGAAACCUUCAGCCAAAGCUUUAAUGUGAGUUCACUGCUUUUUGUUUUGUGAAGUGUCUAUUUUUUUUUUCCUCCUUGGGAGUAGUUUUAUUUGGUACAGCCUGUGCAUUGUAAUAAAGCAAUGCUUAAGAGCAAUUGACACUUGUUAUGUGCCUGAACUAUGUGCAAUACUGGUAAUUUACAUCAAAUGUACUUGUAUCUUUAUUAUUAAAGCAUGAUAAAUCCUG